AUGAGGAAAAUCAAUCUGAACGAUGUACUCAGAUGGCCCCCACAUCCCGCCAGACACGCCAGAAAUAUUCAAACCCAAUGUACUAUUAAUGCUUAUUUUGAAUCUCCAGCAUCCAACCACAAUAUCAUGAUGAAAAUGUGGGGUAGUCAAAACUCGUGA